UCAGCUUAAUGUCCCAAAGUCCCCCAACAAACGAAGGCAAAAGAUCUAAGGCCAAGGCUUGAGGGUAGCCCACAAAACGAGCCGUGUCAGAUUCAACUUCAGGCCGAAAAGCACCGUUGGUUCGCUCCGCUAAAACCCUCCUUAUACCUCCGACGCACACGAGGCCCUGAGAGUACUUGGACGAAAAAGAAGAGCAUAGCAUUUCUAAUCCGCUAGCCUAGAAAAAAUGGUGAACAAAUCAUGGAGAAUUAUCCCAAGACCACUCCUGGAAACCGUGCUGAACAACCAUGCCCAGCACCACCGCGUCCCUCAACCACUGAUCCUCCACGGCCCUCGCGGCGUCGGCAAGACCACCCUCGUACUUGAACGUCUACUCGGCGAGUGGAACAAAGGCCCCCACCUCACCGGCUAUGUAGACUUUGCCCAAUCCAUCAAGGAUCACCAUCCACAAUUCAACCAGUCGUUUCCGUGGGCUUCUUGGUCCAAUUGCCCACCACCCACUUUGUCCAACUGCCGAACUCUGCUCGAGCACACCCUUGAAUCAAUGGUCGAAAAGGGUGUUAAGCUUGGCAGCAUUACCUCUCACCAGAUAUUCACCUCCCUCAAUAAAUGGCACGGCCUCAGCACGGCGCUUCGCCGCGUGAUUCAAGAUAAUAGUGGUGUAAAAAAUGCAGUCUUAGAUAAGGUCUCGGGUUCGGUGUUGUGGGAUCGGGCGGUCUUCGUACUCUCUGCUCGAUGUAAUGCCAAAGAGAUCGAUGAGGUGUUGGGUUUAAGGGAGAAACGGAAGGGCUUGCCAAUGGAAGAGGCUUUGUAUUUUAGGGAGGCGAUUGUGGCCUUGAGAUUGGCGAAGCAGGUGAUUAAGGCUCAACAAGGAUGGAGGGCUAACGCUAUCGCUCAUUUGAAUCGGACAGGCGGGUUUUCGAGGUCGUUAGCGAAUUCCUGUACUGAUUGGCCAUGUUUGUUACUGGAGUUGUUGUCUCAAGCCGCAGAAAUUGAUCAUUUUCAGCCAAAGCUGGUCAUUAACAACAUCGAUGUUCUACGCAAUGCUACCCUAAAUGAUGAUUCAUCAGUCUGUGCAUCAUUGUAUCAUGACAGUUUCAUCUGGAGAAUAAUUGCUUUGGGCGCAAAUGAGCGGUGCCUACCUGUCAUACUAGUUACGUCGGAUAGCUACUAUUCAUACCAAGCCUACAUGGAUUUUGGAUUUCCAGACAUAUUCAUCUCACGCGAGGCAUUCGGAUGGACUCCCCAGCAAGCUAAAAUGCAUAUGGUUCCUGAUUAUUUCAGUCAUUCAGAGUGGGCGGUGGCUGCUGAGGUGCUUGGGCCAACCCCUCGACAUCUAUUUGAGCUUUAUGCUCUUAAACAAAGUAACCAUUAUCAGAAGAUGAUGGGCGGUGAGAGUAGCACUUUCGAAGACAUCGUAGAUGCAUACCUAGCAUAUUUACAAAUUUCCGUGGUGAAUCCUGCUAUGGAUAGAGCAUUGGGACUCCUGCAAAAGUUUGCUGCUGAUGCACAGAGUGGAAAGAUUUCAAAAGAUAAAUUACGGUUUGGGGCACCUUGGAGGCAUCCUCCAAAGACAGAUGACCCCACCCUAUGCAUCAAGUGGGCAAAGCUUCAACUAAUAGAUUUUGUUCAAUCUUUCAUCAAUACAGAGUUUGGGAUUAAUUAUCUAGCAGAUUGUAGUCUUGAGAUAUUUGAUGACCCUUCUGCUGUUGCAUUAGUAGAGGUUGGUUUGCUCUAUGCUCAACGAGACCCGUCCUUCAUUCGGCCCAUAUCUAGAGGGAUUCAGAGGUGUCUUGUGAGAUGGCUUGUCCAGCAGCAGAUGCAAAUGAGUUUCCAGAACUUGCUCCAGUAUCUGUGGCAGCGAAUAAUACGUGGACGUAGCUAUCGUCAUUUGAUGCUAGAAGUAGGCUAUAAAUAGUGAACUGGUAUGUGUUGUUCUAUAUCUGUAUGGUGUUAAUUCGAAAUUUUUGCCACGAUGGAUUUUGAUUUUCACAAUCAGUUUCACACUCUACAUUAAAAGCACCGAUUUGGUGCAUGUGGAGCUUGUUAGUGGCAUUGGAGGCAAUUGAUACUUCAGUUUGUUUUUGUUGUACAGGUUGACAAAUGAAGUUGUCUACCACCCUUUUUUUUUUUUCCAUUUUUUUGGGGGUAGGGGGUUGGCGUCGGGUAGGGCUUCUGUUGGCUAAGAUACAUUUACUUACUGAGGCCAGGAAUUUUUCAAGUUCCUAUAAACUAUUUUUUACAGCUGCAGGAACUGGCAGAUUUGCAAAAUCUGCCAUGGCUGAUUUCUAGAAAUUUUGCUGUUGUUGCUCUGGAAAAUCCUUUACAAUAAGAUUGAAGACUUAAAGAAUCCCUUCAACAAAUAGACAUUUUGCAUUUUGACAUGACUCGAUGUAUAAUAAGGCUGAGUUUAGUUGGCAUUGUUCCUAUGAAGGGCCCAAAAGCAAGAGUACCUAAAUGUAGGUUUGACUUGUAUGCAUAUACUGAGUGUAUAUUUAGUUCUGGUUAUGGGGGGACGCAUUUUUAAAAUCCGAAUAUAACCCAUUAUUUCCCUGUGGGUUGAUUUAUGACUUGAUUAUUUUCACAGAAACAACAACAGAUUAUGUUUUAAAACACCAGUUUGAUAUGUUUUUGUGAAGUGCCAAUUGUAAUGUCUCCUUAUCA